AUGAUCAGUGAAUCUCCGAAUUUGACUAUUUUUCAUCAGAAAUCAUCACCGUCAAAUAAUCAUACCAUGGCUCCUGUUAUCACAAGACCCGGCUCGGAGGAAAACCUCCUGAACAUUUCAAGCAACGACCUGUUGCCUCUUGGAGAGUUUCUCUUCAUCAGAAUUCUCCAAGCAAACCCCAAGCUUCGCAGUGUUUUUGGAAUCCCGGGCGAUUUCAACUUGAACUUGUUGGAGCACUUGUACAGCGACUCACUCGUCAACGAGGUCGAGUUCAUCGGUAUUUGCAAUGAACUCAAUGCCGCCUAUGCCGCUGAUGGUUACGCCAAGGUCAUCAAGGGCUUGAGUGUGCUCAUCACCACUUUCGGUGUUGGAGAACUCUCUGCUAUCAACGGAAUUGCCGGCGCUUUUGCUGAGUUCGCUCCCGUGUUGCACAUUGUUGGAACCUCCGGUGUUAAGGCGAUGGCCAAGGCAGAUGUUGCAACUCCAGGCAACAUUCACAACAUCCACCAUUUGGUUCAAAAUAAACACCCCUUGCUUUCUCCAAACCAUCACGUUUAUAAGAAGUGCAUUGAGGACAUUUCAGUAGCUUCUGAGUCCUUGGACACCAAUGUCACUGCCAACUUGGAGAAGAUUGACAAAGUUAUUUGCACUAUUUUGCAAGAAAGCAGACCCGGGUACCUCUUCGUUCCUAGUGACAUUCCCGACAUUAGAGUCCCCAAGAGCAGAUUGACUGUUCCUCUCGAUUUGGGUGAAUUGAGAGACCCUGUCUUGUUGGAGCAGGUCUCCUCGAGAAUCUUAAAUAAAUUGUACCACAGUCAAAAACCCUCUGUUGUUGGCGACGCUUUCAUGACACGUUCCAGAGUUGAGGCUCCUUUCAGAAGUUUUGUGGACAAAUUGCCCAAUGACUUUGUCAAGUUGUUCAAUGCUUCCAUGGCUCGUAACAUUGAUGAGACCUUGCCUAACUUCGUUGGAGUCUAUGCUGGAAACAUGACUGGUGACAAGAGUGUAGUUGCUAGCAUUGAAAAAGACACUGACACUUUGCUAGUCAUGGGAUUCCUUGAUAAUGAACAGAACAGUGGAAACUAUUCUCAAGACUACUCUCAAAUCAAGGACGUGAUCAAGAUUCAUCCCGACUAUGUUUACAUCGACGAAGAGUACAUCAUGAUCAAGAAUUUUAAAACCGGCGAAAGGGCUUUCUCGAUUGGAGAUUUGAUCAAGAGACUUGACAAGACCGUCGAUGCUAACAAGUUCCUUUAUAACGACCACACUCUGAGUAACAUCCCAGCCAAAAAGCCUAUUGUUCAACUCUCUUUGAAUGAUCCAGUUCCAUCCGAAGUGAUCACACAGAACAAAUUGGUAGACUUCUUCAAUCAAUACCUUCGUCCUAACGACAUUUUGGUGGUUGAAACUUGCAGCUUUUUGUUUGCCACUCCAGACCUUGUGUUCCCAAAAGGAGUUGAGUACUAUUCUCAACAGUUCUAUGGGUCUAUCGGUUAUGCUCUUCCAGCCACAUUGGGUGCUUCUCGUGCCGAGAAGGAUUUGGGAACCGAGAGAAGAGUGAUCUUGGUUCAGGGAGAUGGAUCCGCACAGAUGACGGUACAAGAAUUGUCUUCAUACAUCAGAUAUGAUAUCAAGGCACCUGAAAUUUUCCUUUUGAACAACGAAGGUUACACUGUUGAGAGAAUCAUCAAGGGCCCAACUAGAUCCUACAACGAUAUCAAGGAUGAUUGGAACUGGACCGAAUUAUUUAAGGUGUUUGGUGACGUUAAAUGUGAAAAGCAUGAAAGCAAGAAAAUCAAUACUACUAGCGAUUUGAAGGAAUUAUGUGACCGUCCAAAGACCUCGAAAGUGGAAUUUUUCGAACUUCGACUCGCGAAGUUCGAUGUCCCACAACGGUUCCGCGACAUGUUCACUUGA